AUGAGUGAACUGGGGCUGCAUCCGGGCGGAGUGACCCGGGGACCCCUUGGUCGCCGCAGUGGUCAUUGCAGUGGUUGGCGCGGUGGUCACCGCAGUGGUCGCUGCAGUGGUCGCCGCAGUGGUCGCCGCUGUGGUCGCCGCUGUGGUCGCCGCUGUGGUCGCCGCUGUGGUCGCCGCUGUGGUCGCUGCAGUGGUCACCGCAGUGGUUGGUGGUGGUCACCGCAGUGGUUGCCGCUGUGGUCGCCGCUGUGGUCGCCGCUGUGGUCGCCGCUGUGGUCGCCGUGGUGGUCGUCGCUGUGGUCGCCGCGGUGGUCGCCGCGGUGGUCACCGCAGCCGCAGUGGUCCGCCGCUGUGGUCGCCGCUGUGGUCGCCGCUGUGGUCGCCGCUGUGGUCGCCGCUGUGGUCGCUGCAGUGGUCACCGCAGUGGUUGCCGUGGUGGUCACCGCAGUGGUUGCCGCUGUGGUCGCCGCUGUGGUCGCCGCUGUGGUCGCCGCUGUGGUCGCCGUGGUGGUCGUCGCUGUGGUCGCCGCGGUGGUCGCCGCGGUGGUCGCCGCUGUGGUUGCUGCUGUGGUCGCCGCUGUGGUCGCCGCGGUGGUCGCCGUGGUGGUCGUCGCUGUGGUCGCCGCUGUGGUCGCCGCUGUGGUCGCCGCGGUGGUCGUCGCUGUGGUCGCCGCUGUGGUUGCUGCUGUGGUCGCCGCUGUGGUCGCCGCGGUGGUCGCCGUGGUGGUCGUCGCUGUGGUCGCCGCUGUGGUCGCCGCUGUGGUCGCCGCGGUGGUCGUCGCUGUGGUCGCCGCGGUGGUCGCCGUGGUGGUCGUCGCUGUGGUCGCCGCGGUGGUCGCCGUGGUGGUCGUUGCUGUGGUCGCCGCGGUGGUCGCCGCGGUGGUCGCCGCAGUGGUCGCCGCUGUGGUCGCUGCAGUGGUCGCCGUAGUGGUCGCUGCAGUGGUCGCCGUAGUGGUCGCCGCGGUGGUCGCUGCAGUGGUCGCCGUAGUGGUCGCCGCAGUGGUCGCCGCGGUGGUCGCCGUAGUGGUCGCCGUGGUACAGCACCCGGGGCCCAUCUCCAGAUGUUGA